AUGUCUAAAGUCGAAGUCCAGCUUACCACCCCGGUAGAGACAGAAUUCUCCCUGGCGGGAGAGCUCAGUCAUCUCUCACGAGAGGAAUAUGCGGCUGCUGAGCGGAAGUUUGUACGCAAAAUUGACUUGCGACUAAUGCCAAUAUUAGUUACGAUUAUUAUAUUGAACUACCUCGAUCGUAAUGCCCUAGCCAAUGCUAGAGUCCUCGGCAUUGAAAAGGAUCUCAACUUGAAAGGAACGGACUUCAACACUUGUAUCUCGGUCUUCUUUGCCGGCUACCUUGCUAUACAGAUACCGUCAAAUCUUAUCCUGACAAGGGUCCGACCGAGCAUAUAUCUGCCCGCUUGUAUGGCGGCCUGGGGACUCAUCUCUGGAUUGAGCGCUGUCACGCAUAACUUUAGCGGACUGGUUGUCGUGCGCUUCUUCCUUGGAGUCGUCGAAGGCCCAUACUUUCCUGGCUCUCUAUUUCUACUCAGUUCAUGGUACACGCGCAAGGAGUUGGCUCUGCGGACGUCCGUUCUCUACACUGGCUCUCUCAUGGCCGGCGGUCUGGGCGGUCUCGUUGGAGCAGGGAUCCAGUCAGGCCUAGACGGCGCCAUGGGGAUUACUGCAUGGAGGUGGUUGUUCAUUGUCGAAGCAUCCAUCACCGUCUUCAUCGCCUUAUGCGCCAUGUUUAUCCUGCCAGACUUUCCGCACAACACGAAGUUCUUGAGCCCGCAGGAACGAGCCAUCGCAGUACGUCGUUUGCAAGAGAUGAACGGUUCCCGCGAUACCGAGAGGGGCAGUCUCCUACACGGAGCACGUCUGGCUGUUUGUGACUACAAGGUCUGGCUGCUUGCUCUGAUCAUAAUCACCAAGACGAGUGCCGGGGCAGUGACGUCCUUUAUCCCCACUCUCGUCAAAAACUUUGGCUACGGCAAGAUUGAGACGCUCCUGCUCGUCGCGCCUCCAUAUUUUUUUGCUGCGCUCAUGGCCUUGGCCAUAUCUUACUCGAGUGAUCGAUUCUCCGAGCGGUCCAUUCACAUCAUCGCACCGAUUUCGCUCGCCAUGGCCGGGUACAUUAUUGCAUCGGCCAGCAUGGCUCUUGCCGCGCGAUACUUGAGUUUGUUCCUCAUGCUCGGAGGCGUCUAUGGCAGCUACAAUGUCGCCUUGGCGUGGAUAUCAUCUACCCUGCCGCGGCCUGUCGAGAAGCGAAGUGCGGCCAUCGCGUUGGUCAACACUCUCGGGAAUCUGGCUCAGAUAUACAGCCCCUACAUGUACUUGGCAAACCUUGGACCUCGGUAUCUGGCCGCCAUGGUUGCGAAUGCGUGCUUCUGUGUUGCAUGUGCCUUGGCAACGCUGGCGCUACGGUGGGCGCUGGUCAAGGAGAAUGCGAAGCUUUUGAAUGCUGAAACAGCUGUUCACCAUGCCGACAAGGAUAACACCGGGUAUGUUGAGCAUGGAGGAGAGCACGAGCGAAGUGUCCCUUCCAUGGGAGAACGCUUCAGGUAUAUCUUGUGA